AUGUCUGAAAAUCGUUUUUCGAUUGAUUAUGCCAAACUUGGAACAUCAGCGUGUAAAAAAUGUAAAGCAAAAAUUACUAAAGGCGAAAUACGUAUUGCUAAAGUAACGCCUAGUCCAUUUUCUGAAGGAGAUACAAUGAAAGUUUAUCAUCAUGUACCUUGUAUAUUUGAAACGUUUCUUCAUGCUCGAGCAACAACAAAAAUUAUUGAAAGUUCAACUGAUAUUGAUGGUUGGUCAAAUAUAAGUCCUGCUGAUAGAGAAAUUAUUUUGGGAAAAAUUGAAGAAACUCAAGCAUCAAGAGCCGAGAAAACAUCGGGUAAAUCACCAACAAAAAAAGUGACUAAAGCAUCAACCACUGCUGCUUCUAAAAAACCAACGACUACACCAACAAAGAAAACAUUAGCAUCAGUAUCAUCAUCAAUUACUCCUGUACAAGUAGUAGAAGAUAGUGAUGAUGAUGAUGAUAUUAAAAUUAUUAAUAAUAAAAAAGAUGUGGAAGAAAUAAAAGAUAUUACAACAACAGCAGCAGCAACAAAUGGUGUUCAUAUUCCAUUAAAUGAUGAUCCUAAACAUCCAGAUAAUUCAUUCCGACAAUUUCGUGGUCUUUGUACAAAAAUUGUUGAAGUAAAUGGACAUCUAGCUAAAACAGCGAUUGUUGAACAAUUUAUUACUUAUGGAAGUGAUGGAGAAAGUUAUAAAGGUAAUUUAAGUCUCCUAUUUCAUCUGCUCUUACCAAGCAAAGGAUAUAAAUCAAUAAUUUAUAAUUUAAAAUCAAAACAAUUAUGUAAACUAUUCUCAAUAAUAUUUCAUGAAAAUGCAAGUGCAAUGAUUCAAAGAUGUGAAGAAUGUGGUGAUGUUGCCGAAACAAUAAGUGAAUUUUAUUCAGCAACAAAACAUGUAAAACCACCACCAAAAACUCUUCUAUCUAAUUAUGAUAUUGAUAAUUACCUACACGAAUUAGGUCAAUUAACUCGUGAACAAGAUCAAAUACAAGCAUUACGUAAAAUAACUGAAAAAUCAACUGUUAAUGAUUUACGUAUGUUUAUUCGUCUCAUUCAAAAAGAUCUUAAAAUUAAUGCUGGUCCAAAACAAAUUAUUGAUAGUCUUGGUACAAAUGCUUAUGAAAGUUUUCAAGCAACAAAUGAUUUACAAACAUUUAUAAAACGUUAUUUAGAACAUAAAAAUUCUGUUGAUAAUGGUACACAACUUAAUAAACAAUUAGCAAUUCAAAUUGAACUUAUGACUCCAGUUCAUCCAAUGCUUGCUGAACCAUGUAAAUCAGUUGAUUUUGCAUUUAAACGUUGUCCAAAUGGUUUUUAUGCUGAAAUAAAAUAUGAUGGCGAACGUUUACAGUUACAUAAAGAUAAAACAAAUAAAUUCAAAUUUUUUUCUCGAAGUUUAAAACCAGUUGUAGAAAAUAAAAUUCAACAAUUAAGUCAAUAUGUUUUACAAGCAUUUCCAAAAGGUGAAUCAAUGAUACUUGAUGGAGAAAUUUUAUUAGUUGAUAGAAAAACAAAAAAACCAUUACCAUUUGGAACACUUGGUGUACAUAAAAAGAAAGAAUUCUCAGAAGCAAAUGAAGCUUUCUUCAUAUUUGAUUGUCUUUAUUAUAAUGGAGAAAGUCUUUUACAUAUGACUUUAAAAGAACGUCGCGAAAUUCUAAGUAAACAUAUGACACCAAUUGAAAAUCGUAUUCUUCUUUCGGAUUUAAAAACAAUCAAUAAAAAAAGUGAAUUAAAACAUUUAAUUAAUUUUGCAAUUGCUGAAGGACUUGAAGGAUUAGUUUUAAAGAAUCCUGAAGGAAUCUACGAACCAAGUAAACGCCAUUGGCUUAAAGUUAAGAAAGAUUAUCUAAUGGAAGGUACUAUGGCUGAUACAGCUGAUCUAGUUGUACUUGGUGCUUAUUAUGGUACAGGUAAAAAAGGUGGUUUAAUGAGUGUCUUUUUAUUGGGUUGUUAUGAUCCUGAAACUGAUCGAUGGUAUACUGUAGCAAAAUGUGGUAAUGGUUUUGAUGAUGCAACAUUAGAAAAACUUCAAACUGAUUUAAAACCUAAUAUGACAAAAAUUUCUAAGAAUCCAAAUCAAUUACCUAAAUGGUGUAGUAUUAGUCGCGAACUUAUACCUGAUUUUAUUGUUAUUGAUCCAAAAAAGUCACCUGUUUGGGAAAUAACUGGUGCAGAAUUUUCUAAAUCCAAACAACAUACAGCAAAUGGAAUAUCUAUUCGUUUUCCUCGUGUAACAAAAGUUCGUGAAGAUAAAACAUGGAAAGAAGCAACAAAUCUUAAUUAUUUAUCAGAACUUUUUGAAAAAUCUAAACCAUCAAAAAGAGAAAAUGAGGAUGAUGAAGAUGAAGAAAAUCUUUUUAAUUUUGGUGAUACAAAUAAUAAUAAUAAUAAUAAUAAUGAUAAUAAUUCUACUCCAACAAAAUCUACACCAUCAAAGUCUACCCCAAUAAAACGUAAACUACUUGAAAUUGAUUCUGAUGAUGAUAUUGAAAUAUUACCAAAAACAACUAAACUUAUACGAAAAUCAUUACCAAAUAGUUUACUUAAAUUACAUUUUCCUAAUAUAUUUGAUAACCAAUAUAUGUAUUUAUCAUCAUCAUUACCAACUGAUGAAUAUAAUAAAUUAAAACGACAUAUUGAAGCAUAUGGUGGAAAAGUUCUUUCACCUAAAGAUAUUAAUAAUGAUCUACAAUUAUCUCGUAUAACACAUUGUAUUGGAGAAAAAGAUGCAACAUUCGAUAAAAUCGAUGUAGUUAAAAAGAAAGUUCAAACAAAUGUUACACAUAUAUCAUUACCAACAGUAUAUGUUUGGAAAUGUAUUGCAAAUAAAGCAAAACUUUAA